CUUACCGAGUGCAAGGUUUAAUCUCAGAGUGCUGCUAGGUGCACCCAGCAUUUUUGCUAGUGCACCCAGCAGUUGAUGCAAAAAUACCUUUGUACCCCUGGCUUAAUUUUUUUUUUUAAAAAAUGGUUCAUCUCUCUCCCUCCCUCCCUCCCUCCCUCCCUCCCGCGUUAGCCCUCUUCUUCCUCGUCACCCCUCACCAUUUUUUCUUCUUUUUGUUGGCGUGAAGUGAUUUCGGUCACCUUCCUCACCCCUGACCUCAUUUAAGUCGCGUUCUUCUUCGUUUUGUUUUCUUUGCGUGAAGUGGUUGCUGGUUUCAGAAAAUCUUAACCUCGGUCCUCUGCGUCGCGUUCCCGCCGUGAGCGUCGUCUUCUUCCUCCGCGUCGGGAGACUGUGUUCUGCGAUCGUGGUGGUCGUUGGUGUUGAGUAGCCCAGGCAUUUUGAGGGUGGUGUUCUCCCUCCGCAUCGGCAUUGUCGAGGUUACUGAUUAAGUUGGUGGAUUGAGUUUGUUUCUUCCAAGGUGUUUGUUUGAAGUCUGAAUUAUCAUGGUUAGGACCAGAGGAAUAGGUCGUGCCUUAGGUCACGUUACUAGCAGAGGUGUGGGCAGAGGAGAUCGUGAUGAUUCCGAUGAUGCUCCGCAGCGACGACGGCCUACCUCAUCCGCACGGAGGCAGCGAGUACCUGUGACUGCGGCGCACGAUGAGCCAGUGGUCCCUGUGCCAGAUGUAGAGGCUGACGUAUUUCCCGAUGACUCGAUGGCACCAGCUGAUGUAGAGGACAUUGGGGCAGACAUUCCUGCAGACACAGGCAUGCAGGCUACUGAGGAUGAGCAUGAGGGAUUUUCAGGUGGUCCGAGCGACCUAUCCGUGCUGACCCAGUAUGCGGAUCACGUUGCUUGCAUCGUAUGGACGGGAGAGGAGCGUCCUGAGUUGAAGUUAUCCUCACACGGGAGGAAGGUCCAUAGUUUAGGCAGGCCUGUCCCUGCCAUUGAGGGACUAGUUGCUGGGACAGCUCUGAUCGCGUGUUCGGUAGACACUGGCGAUCGGAGACUUUUAUCCUCAUUUGUCGAGUGGUGGCACCGAGAGACGUCUAGUUUCCAUCUCCCUGUGGGAGAGCUGACGAUUACGUUAGACGAUGUCUCCUCGCUUCUGCAUCUACCUGUGGUUGGCGACUUGCACGCCUUUCAGCCCUUGCACGUGGAUGAUGCGGUUCAGAUACUGGUGAACUUAUUGAUGGUCUCUGUAGAGGCUGCCAGGACUGAGACAGGGCAGUGUUGUGGACCGUACAUACGCCUGCAAUGGUGCUGGAUAUACAAGCACUUUCUCUCAGUCGCGGAGUCCACUGUCGAUCAGGACUACGAAGAGGAUUCACUUCUAUUGGAUUCCAUAUGGGGAGCAUUGACCGGUCCGGGACUUUCAUUUGAUUUCAUGAUAUUCCGAUCUCCUGCACUGGGGGCCUAUUGCUGUGUAUUACCGACCAGAGAGGGUCGUGCGGCAGUGAGGUGUGCGUUGUGCCAGGUCAGUGUGCCAGCGACUACAUGGACUGGUUCUUCCGCAUCUCACAUGCAUCCUUUCAUGACACCAGGCCAUGCAUCAGAUCCUCUACCAGAUGGUCAUGCUCCGCAGCCCCGAGUCGUCCCUCAGGCCCCACAGACAGAUAUCCCUCACGUGCCGGAGCCAGGAGCACCGUCGACAUCUGCAAGGCCCACUGUAGAGGAGCCUAGACAUGCAAUGGAAGUUUGCCAUGGGAUUGCUGAGAGGUUGGAGCGCCAUCUCAGCCUAGGGGUGGUCACGCCUGGCUCAUCGACACAUGAGGUGAUCGAAGAAUGCCUCAGGAUGGUCAGGAGUGUCACACAGGACCAUCUAGUAUAUGUUAGGUCUCGACACAGGCGGCGCACGGAUCAAACGUAGUUUAUUUACAUAUUUUAUAUUGAUAUUCAAUGUAUAUACAAAUAUUGUACUUGAACUGACUUCAUUAGUAAUGUUUGUUUUAUUUAUUUCCAUUAAUAAUGUUAGUUUUAUUUAUUUCCAUUGAUUGUG